AUGGCACAGCCACUUGCCGUCGAUAUCGACAAGAUCAAAUCGAUCAUUCAAUCGAAUAACUCCAUCAAAAAAUCCACUCAGACUUGUGUGAGACAAUUUCUCGACCUUCAAGCACGUUUUCUCGAAGAAGUAGACACCGUAUACCAUCGUUUGGAUACAGUUGAACAUGUAGCUGACAUUUUUCCCGACGAAGAAAAGAAAAGUAUCUUGAACGAAUUUGGACCGCUUGAACAAGUUCAACUGGCUGUUUGUGGCUACAAUUCGUCAGGCAAAACAUCAUUUAUUCAUGAACUUCUCGGCUAUGGCGACUUCUUGCCAGCGGGUGAGGGUGCCGUGACAGCGCGCAUCGUCAAAUUCUCCUAUGCACCACCGGAAGACGCUUGUCUCAUCAAAUAUAGCACGGUGGUCGAUUACACGAAGGUUGAAGAUCAAGUUGAUUUGUCGAAUUGUUUCAAGGACAAUAAGACGGCCAAAACGCGUACUAAGACUCUCAGAACAAUCAUCAAGAAACAUUUGGGACGACCAGAAGGUUUUGAUGGAAACUCUGAUGAAUUCGUCCAUUGGGCAAAGAGUCUCAUCGAAAUUCGUAUUCCUUCGCCAACUCUCGAGCUGGGUUUGCAUGUCUAUGACACGCCAGGCUUUCUCAGUUCGGAUGCACCUGUUCUACGUGAAAAUUUGCUUGCAUUGGUGGCCAGCGUUCGUCCGACUUUAGUUUUUCUCUACGACAAUGCAACGGUGUCUGAUGAUUCACGUAAAUGUUACGAACAAUUGAAAGUUGCUCUGCAUAGCCAACUUUUGGGCGUCGACAUUUUCUUUCUCAAUAUGA